CAAAGUAUUUCAGUCAUAAUCAAAAGAUACAAUUUUCAAUUUCCUUUGAAUUUGCUCUGCAACUUUGCAAGUCAAUAUAAAAAUACUACUUUUCAUUUAAAACUUUUAGUUUCUCAUUCCAUAAAUUCGAGUGAUAGUCUCAAGCCCAACAGUCUAUUCAAUUAGCCUGGAAUGACCCAUAUAGGGGUGUCAUUGAAUCGAAAAACAAUUUUAUACACAAUGUAGUGAUAUCGACUGAAUAUCCUUCGGCGACAUCAAUAAAUAAUUGUGGGUAUACGAACUGUUGGCAAACAAAAUUGGUCCAAAUCAGUCAAUAUUUGUAUUUUUAACAUCUAGUCAAGACCAUCCAAGUUCUCCUUCUAUCAGUCCAAAUCGCAAUGGCAAAGACAAAGGUUGCAUUCAACAAUCCGCAACCUGUGAAACCGCCCCCCACGUCGGUUUUAAAGUUUGACUCCUUCAUCCAAUUGCUCCGCGUCAUCGGCACCGUUUGCGGCGCAGUGAACUACGAUGAGCAACAUCUGGCCAAACCAUCUCGUUGGAUCAAAUUCAAACGGAUUUUCUUCUGGUUCACCUACGUCCAUGACUUGCUGUGUAUCGCGCUGGAAAUCGCCUACUUUGUCGAGGCAGUCCAAAGAAUGGCUAGUUUGGCUCAUCUGAUGGUUCUGGUAGUGUGUAUUGGCUUUUUGACUUACACGAUCAUCAAACUGACCAUGCACAAGCUGCAUGAAGUCGAGCUGAACGAGAUUCUGAUUCAGCUGAAGGAUCUUUACCCCGACACACUGGAUACCAAGCCUGCCGAAGAGUAUCGCCGACAUAUCUGGUUCCUGAAGUUGUUCUCGGUGCUCUACGUUGUGGUUCUCGUCGUAUUCAACGUCAUUUUCUAUGCCCCGUCCAUUACCGUUUUGAUUAAAACCGGUCAGUGGGAAAAGAUUCUGCCGUUUUAUCUGAAAUAUUGGUACGACUGGCGCAAACCGGUCGUGUUCGAGUUGACCUUUCUGCACCAGAUUUGGGUAUCCUCGUCGGCCGUUACCGGAGUCCUGCUGGCGGACACACUGUACUGUACGAUCAUUCUGCUGAUUUCAAUGCAAUUUGAGCUGCUUGGCAAGCGGUUGGAAGAAUCCGAGCUGGACGAGCCAGAGCUGGUCAAGUGCGUUGAGAAGCACUUACUGCUGAUCGAUGUCUGUGCACGAUUUGAGCGAAUUUAUUCCCCGUCCUUGUUGGUGACUUUCGUGGGAAGCUCCGGCGUCAUCUGUUGCUGUUUGUUUCUGACCUCAGCAGGGGAAAACAUGGGCGAAGCGGUGCGAUUCUCGGUGCUGCUAUUCGUGUACAUCAUGAACAUUUUCCUGCUUUGCUACUAUGGGAGUGUGCUUAUGGAAAAGAGUUCAAACAUAGCUCACCACGUGUACCAAAGUCAGUGGUACAACAACUGCAAAAAGGACCAGAAAACAUUGCUUAUGAUACUGAUUCGAGGACAGCAGGAAGAGAAAAUGACUGCCCUCAAAUUUACAACCGUGUCGUUGCCGUGUUUUUCCGGGGUUAGUUUCCCUUGAGUGUGUGUAAAAAAACAAAUCAUCAAAUAUUAAUAUUUAUUUCAGAU